UCCUGCUUGCACCGGGACCUGCACCGCAGUGCCAUGGGCACAGCAUGGGCACAGCAGCUCCGGAGCCAGCCCGAACCUUGACACCGAUGCCCUGCCUCAGGCAAAGGUUGUGGCUCUGCCCCUGGGGCAGCAUCCCGAGGGCAGCCUCUGCCCCACUGCUCCCCACAGCAGUGCAUUGCUAGAGCCUGUCCCCAUUGUGCCGGCUGUGGGGUGGUGAUGGUGCCGCGGCACCGGAGCAGCCCUCACCCUGCUGAGCCCCGAGGCCUCGGUGAGGGGCUGCACUCACCAUGUCCUGUCCUGCAGCUCAUCACCCUGAGCGGCUCCGCACAGAUGGUCACCAGCCUCGAGGCCAAGGGGAACAUCCUCACCGCGUACCUGGCCGGCGCCUUGGCCGUCAUGGUGUCCAUCUACACAGCAGGGGGGGUCUCUGGGGCCCACAUGAACCCGGCCUUCACCCUCGCCAUGUGCCUCGUGGAGCAGUGUCCCUGGUGGAAGUUACCCAUCUUCGUGGCCGUGCAGACCACGGGCGCGUUCCUGUCUGCCGGAGCUGUCUAUGCUGUCUACUAUGACGCCAUCCAUCACUACAGCAAUGGGACCCUCACCACCUCCGGCCCCCAGGAAACCGCCUCCAUCUUCGCCACGUACCCUGCUGAGUACCUGUCCCUCUCCAAUGGCUUCCUGGACCAGGUGGUGGCCACAGCUCUGCUGAUCGUGGGGAUCCUGGCGAUCCUGGACCCCCACAACAAGGGGGUCCCCAAGGGGCUGGAGCCGGUGGCUGUGGCACUGCUGGUGCUGUCCCUUGAAGCCUCCUUGGGCUCCAACUGUGGCUGCCCCAUGAACCCCGCGCGGGACUUCGGGCCCCGGCUCUUCACCUACGUGGCAGGUUGGGGUGCGGAGGUCUUCAGCAGGGGCAAUGGGUGGUGGUGGGUGCCGGUGGUGGCACCGAUGCUGGGCGCUGCCGUGGGCUCAGCUCUGUACCAGCUCCUCGUGGCCUUUCACCACCCGCUCCCGGAGGGCACAGCCGAGCAGAGCCCCCCGCUCCUCACGGACCCCAACAUCGCGCUCAUGGAGAAGGGAACCGGGGGGCACUGCCCCACAAGUGGGGCUGGAGAUGGGACCUGCCUGAGCCAGCGGCCCCAGGCCCCCGCGGAACCCACGGCAACAAUAAACCAGCCCUGAGGA